AGAGAAUAAAUAAAAGCAAAAACAAAGAAAGCGUUAGGGUUUGACUGAUAAAAACCCAGAAAAUCGUGUGAAAAAUUAAAAUUGAUCCAAAGAAGAGAGAGAAAAGAGGGCAAAAUUAAAAAAAUAUUAAAUCAGCAGAUUCCGACGAGUUCGGACUGUUCACCCCAAAACCCACAUCUUCUUCUUUCUUCCGAUCUACCAAUUUGGACCCACUAAUUUGCCGCCAAAAUAUACUUUUUCUUCUUUUCAAUUUCUUACCUCAUUGAUUAUCAUCACACCUUCCAAUUUCCCUUUUGUUGCGGAAAUAUAUACUGAAAAAAAGAGGAAAAAAAGGGUUUAAUUUUAUGCAAUCUGGCGGUGGGUCCCAGCACGCCGGUGCCGGCGGGCAUGGACGUAGCCCGGCGUCCGCCGCCGCAUCGCCAUCGUCGUCGUCAUCGGCGGCUUCACAACAGCAGCAGCAACAGCAACAGCAACAGCAGCAGCAACAACACCAUUUUUAUUCAAUUCAGCAGCAACAGCAAAGACAGUCACUACAACAUCAAUUACAACGAAAACCUGAAGGAAACGAAGCUAUCCUAGCCUAUCAAGCUGCUGGUUUCCAGGGUGUAAUGGGUGGGGCUAAUUUCAUGGGUUCUCCGAGCUCAUUGCAAUUUUCGCAGCAGCAAAUCUCACAGCAGCAAAGAAAAUACCUUGAAAUGGCCCAGCAGCACGGUUCUCCUCAGCAGCACGGUUCUCCUCAGUUACGCGAAGAAAGUCAAAAUAAAAAUCAUGUUCACGAGCAACAAGUAUUAAAUCCUGUUCAUCAAGCAUAUAUGCAAUAUGCUAUGCAGGCUGCAAAGCAGAAGUCUGUUCUGGGCAUGCAACCUCAAGGGCAAGCCAACAUGGGAAUGGGAAGCCCCUCAUCUGGAAAAGACCAGGAUAUGCGACUGGCAAAUUUGAAACUGCAAGAGCUUGCUUCAAUGCAGGCAACUAACCAGGUCCAGGCAGCAGCAUCAACAAAGUCAUCUGAGUCUUUUGGUCGUGUGGAGAAGCAAGUAGAACAAGGUCAGCAGGGCGGUUCUGAUCAGCGGAAUGAGCCAAAGCCUCAAAUGAUGCAGACAACUAUGGGACAUCCUGCUUCUGCUAAUAUGAUGAGGCCUGUACAACAUCCACAGGGUCAAGCAGGGAUUCAAAGCAUGGGAAAUAACCAAAUGGCUGUUGCUGCUCAGUUACAGGCAUGGGCACGCGAACGCAAUAUUGAUUUGUCACAGCCGGCAAAUGCCAAUUUGGUGGCGCAGCUGAUGCCAUUAAUGCAAUCUAGGAUGAUUUCUCAGCAAAAGACUAAUGAAAGUAAUUCACAGCCGUCUCCUGUUCCUAUGCAAAGGCAACCGGUUACUUCUCCACCAGCUACUACUGAAAGUUCGCCCCGUGCAAAUUCUUCAAGUGAGGUUUCUGGGCCUUCCGGUGCUUCCAGAGCUAGGCAAACUGUUCCUCCGAGUCCAUUUGGAUCAGCUUCAAGUGCUGGUAUAGGUAACAGUACUAGCAAUUUGCCUGCACAGUUCCCUGUACACAGUAGAGAUAACCAGGCACCUUCAAUGCCGUCGGUGAUAGUGGGAAAUGGAAUGGCUGCUGUCCAGGCAUCACGGCCUUCGAUGAACUUGAACCAAGGUUCGGAACAUCCUAUGAAUGUAAAAAAUGCAGCAACUGCUCAGGAAGCAUUGCAAAUGCAGUAUCUCAGGCAGUUGAACCAGCCUUCACCUCGACCAGCUAGUGCAACAAAUGACGGAGGCUCAGGAAAUAAUCUCCCCCCCCCAGCUCAGCCACCAUCCCAGAUCUCUCAACAGCAAUCCGGGUUUACUAAACAGCAACUUCAUGUUCUUAAGGCUCAAAUACUUGCCUUUAGACGCCUAAAGAAAGGGGAUAGCACUCUUCCCCAAGAAUUGCUUCGAUCUAUUGCUCCCCCUCCUUUGGAGUCACAGCUGCAGCCUGUUGUCCCUGCUGGUUCUACAAAUCAGGAUAAGUCUACUGUUAGAAAUGCUGAUGAAAGUCCAAAGCAUGUGGACUCUGGUGAGAAGGCUCCCCAAGCUCCCCAAGCUCCCCCUCCUGCUCUUGCAAAAAGUUCCUUUAAAGAGGAGGUUUCUACAAUUGAUGAAAAGGCAACAAUCUCAACAACUAAUGUGGCAGGUGCAACAUCUAUGACUAGAGAGGCUUCUUCAGUGAUACCUUCCGGCAGGGAGGAUCAGCAAUCUAGUCCUGUUAUUAAAUCUGAACAAGAUGUUGAACGCAAUUUACAAAAAACUCCUAUCAGAAAUGAUUUGGGUACAGACAGGGGUAAGGCUAUUGUAUCACCAGUAUCUGCUGGUGAAAGUACACAGGCCAAGAAGCCCUUGCAAGCAGGCUCGUUAAGCCAGCCAAAAGAUACUGGUUCAAGUAGAAAGUAUCAUGGUCCUUUAUUUGAUUUUCCCUGUUUUACUAGAAAGCAAGAUUCUCUUGGGGCUGCAGUUAUGGGUAACAACAAUUUGUCUUUGGCGUAUGAUAUCAAAGAUCUCCUUUCUAUGGAAGGAAUGGAAGUACUUAAUAAUAAAAGGGCAGAAAACUUGAGGAAGAUAGGUGAGCUGCUAGCAGUCAACUUAGAAAGGAAAAGGAUCAGGCCAGAUCUUGUGGUACGAUUGCAAAUUGAAGAAAAGAAGCUUAAGCUUUUGGACCUUCAAGCACGUGUGAGGGACCAAGUAGAUCAAGAGCAGCAGGAGAUUAUGGCAAUGACAGAUAGAGAAUACAGGAAGUUUGUCCGUAUUUGUGAGCGACAACGGUUGGAGCUCUCAAGGCAAGUUCAGGCAUCACAGAAAGCUAUGAGAGAAAAGCAGCUUAAAUCUAUAUUUCAAUGGCGCAAGAAGCUUCUCGAGGCACAUUGGGCCAUCCGCGAUGCCCGGACAGCUCGCAACCGAGGUAUUGCAAAAUAUCAUGAGAGGAUGCUUAGAGAGUUUUCAAAGAGAAAGGACGAUGAUAGAAAUAAAAGGAUGGAGGCAUUGAAGAAUAAUGAUGUUGAAAGAUACAGGGAAAUGCUUCUGGAGCAGCAGACUAGCAUUUCAGGUGAUGCUGCGGAAAGAUAUGCGGUUCUUUCAACAUUUUUGUCCCAAACUGAAGAAUAUCUUCACAAAUUAGGGAGCAAAAUAACUGCUACCAAAAGUCAGCAAGAGGUUCAAGAGGCAGCUUCUGUUGCUGCAGCUGCUGCUCGAGCUCAGGGCUUAUCAGAAGAAGAAGUCAGAUCUGUGGCUGCUUGUGCUGGCGAGGAAGUCAUGAUACGAAAUCAGUUUUCUGAAAUGAAUGCGCCUAAGGAAAGUUCAUCAGUGAACAAGUAUUACAGUCUUGCACAUGCUAUAAAUGAAAGGGUUGUGAGGCAGCCUUCAAUGUUGAGAGCUGGGACUCUGCGAGAUUAUCAGCUAGUUGGUCUUCAGUGGAUGCUUUCUUUGUAUAACAACAAGUUGAACGGAAUUUUGGCAGAUGAAAUGGGUCUUGGGAAAACUGUGCAGGUGAUGGCAUUGAUUGCUUACUUGAUGGAGUUCAAAGGGAAUUAUGGACCUCAUCUGAUUAUAGUUCCUAAUGCUGUUUUGGUCAAUUGGAAGAGUGAGUUGCAUACCUGGCUGCCAUCUGUAUCCUGCAUUUAUUAUGUUGGUGCAAAGGAUCAAAGAGCCAAAUUAUUUUCUCAAGAAGUUUGUGCCCUGAAAUUUAAUGUUCUUGUCACAACCUACGAGUUCAUUAUGUAUGACCGUUCAAAGCUUUCUAAAAUUGAUUGGAAGUAUAUCGUAAUAGAUGAAGCACAGCGAAUGAAGGACAGAGAGUCAGUUCUAGCACGUGACUUGGACAGAUAUCGCUGCCAAAGGCGUCUUCUUUUGACAGGGACUCCAUUGCAGAAUGAUUUGAAGGAACUGUGGUCUCUGUUAAAUUUACUUCUACCUGAAGUGUUUGACAAUCGAAAAGCUUUCCAUGACUGGUUUGCACAACCGUUCCAAAAAGAUGCUCCUACACAUAAUGGUGAGGAUGAUUGGCUUGAGACAGAAAAGAAGGUUAUCAUUAUCCAUAGACUUCAUCAGAUUUUAGAGCCAUUUAUGCUCAGACGUCGUGUUGAAGAUGUAGAAGGCUCCCUUCCGGCCAAGGUGUCGUUUGUUUUAAAAUGUAAGAUGUCUGCUAUCCAGAGUUCUAUAUAUGAUUGGGUCAAAACCACUGGGACUCUUCGUGUGGAUCCAGAAGAUGAGAAGCUUAAGGUCCAAAAAAGUCCGUAUUACCAGGCUAGAGCUUACAGAACUUUAAAUAAUAGGUGCAUGGAGCUUCGAAAAAUUUGUAAUCAUCCAUUACUUAGUUACCCAUUUUUUCAUGACUUCUCAAAAGAUUUCCUUGUGAAGUCAUGCGGGAAAUUAUGGAACUUGGACAGAAUUCUCAUUAAACUUCACAGAACUGGUCAUCGGGUGCUCCUCUUUAGUACCAUGACCAAGCUUCUUGACAUCUUAGAGGAAUAUUUACAGUGGAGGCGACUCUUGUAUAGGCGAAUUGAUGGAACUACUAGCUUGGAAGACAGGGAAUCUGCCAUUGUGGACUUCAAUAACCCGCAGACUGAGUGCUUUAUCUUUUUGCUGAGUAUCCGUGCUGCUGGACGAGGUUUAAAUCUACAGACUGCUGAUACAGUCAUUAUAUAUGAUCCUGAUCCAAACCCUAAAAAUGAGGAACAGGCAGUUGCCCGAGCUCAUCGCAUUGGUCAAAAAAGGGAAGUCAAAGUCAUCUACUUGGAAGCAGUUGUUGAUAAAAUAUCUAGUCAUUUAAAGGAGGAUGAGUUCAGAAGUGGAGGGAUGGUUGAUUUAGAAGAUGAUCUUGUGGGAAAGGAUCGGUAUGUGGGUUCGAUUGAGAGCCUUAUUAGAAAUAACAUUCAACAAUAUAAGAUUGACAUGGCAGAUGAAGUAAUCAAUGCAGGGCGUUUUGAUCAAAGAACAACACACGAGGAGAGACGGAUGACAUUAGAAACACUAUUGCAUGAUGAAGAGAGGUAUCAAGAGACUGUCCAUGAUGUUCCUUCUCUACAUGAGGUAAAUCGAUUGAUUGCAAGGAGUGAAGAAGAAGUUGAGCUCUUUGAUCAGAUGGAUGAAGAGUUUGAUUGGAUUGACGAGAUGUCAAAGUAUGAUCAGGUACCUGAUUAUCUUCGUGCUAGUACUCAGGAAGUUAAUGCAGCCAUUUCUGCUUUGUCCAAGAAGCCAUCGAAGGACAUUUUUAGUGGCAAUGCUGAAGUGGAUCCAGGUGAAACUGACAAAAGAAGGGGGCGACACAAGGGGAAGAAAGUUGUGUACACUGAGUUGGAUGAUGACAUUGGGGACUCCUCUGAUGCUAGUUCUGAAGACAGAAAUGGAUAUUCUGCUCCUGAUGAGGAAGGUGAAGUUGGAGAAUCCGAAGAUGAGGAGGAUGCAGCCACUGAAGCCAACAAAGAUCAAUCGGAGGAGGACAUUCCUGGUCAUGAUGUGUUUGACUAUCCUCGAGCUAGUGAAAGCACCAGAACUGGUCAUAUGGUAGAAGAGCCUGGAUCCCCUGGAUCAUCAUCUGACAGCCGAAGGAUGACACGGGCAGUUUCCCCCUCUGUAUCUUCUCAGAAGUUUGCAACUCUAUCAGCUAUCGAAGCCAGGCCUACUUCUGGAUCGAAAAAACUGCUCGACGAGCUUGAGGAAGGGGAGAUUGCUAUCUCUGGAGAUUCACAUUUGGAUGUACAGCAAUCAGGUAGUUGGAAUCAUGAGCGUGAAGAAGGGGAAGAUGAACAGGUAUUGCAGCCCAAAAUCAAAAGAAAACGUAGCAUAAGACUUCGGCCAAGGCAUACUAUUGAAAGACCAGAAGAGAGGUACAGUGAAAAAAUGUCUCUUCAACGUGGGGAUCCAUCGCAAUCUCAAUGUCUAACAGAUCAAAAGUUUGGAAGUCAACUGAGGAUCGAUCCAGAGUCCAAAGUGUUUGGGGAUUCUUCUGCUUUGAAGCAAGAUCAAAGUGAUAUGUCUUCAAAAACUCGUAGAAGCUUACCUUCAAGGAGAACUGGAAGUACAUCAAAGCUGCAUGCCUCUACUAAAUCUGGUCGAUUAAAUAGCUUGUCUAAUCCCACGGAAGAAGCAUUGGAGAAUUCCAGGGACAGUUGUGAUGGUAACAAAGAUGUGAACACAUCUGGAAAUUCAAGCUAUGGAGCUAAGAUGUCCGACAUCAUUCAGAGAAGGUGCAAAAAUGUGAUCGGAAGGGUCCAAAGGAGGAUAGACAAGGAAGGCCAUGUUGUACCCCUCCUAAUAGAUUUGUGGAAGAGAACUGAAAGUUCUGGCUAUACGAAUGGGCCAGGAAACAAACUGUUGGAUUUACGAAAAAUAGACAAUCGAAUUGACAGACUACAGUAUAAUGGAGUGAUGGAAGUUGUUAAUGAUGUGCAAUUGAUGUUGAAAAGUGCAGUGCAGUAUUAUGGUUUUUCACACGAGGUGAGAUGUGAAGCAAGGAAAGUUCAUGAUCUAUUUUUCGACAUAUUGAAGGGUUCUUUUCCAGACAUUGAUUUCCAGGAGGCCAAAAGUACAGUGUCCUUCUCUGGUCCACCAUCAACUGCACCUUCUGUUUCUUUGAGAUCCACAUCUGCUUCUGCAUCUGCAUCUGCACCACAAGGUAGUAGUAGAAAGCAUAGGUUGAUGAACGAUGUUGAACGCGUCGACGUGAACCCAUCUCCACCAAGGCAGCCAUUACGAGGACCCUCUGUUGUUAUGACCAAUGAUGACUCAAGGAUGACGAGAUCCCAUUUGCCUGUAAAGGAGUCAAGGCUCAGCAGCAGUCGAGACCAAGACGACUCUCCCGUGCUAACUCAUCCAGGAGAUUUGGUUGUUUGCAAGAAAAAGAGGAAAGAUAGGGAAAAGCCUGCAGCUGUGAAUACAAGAUCUGGGUCCGCGGGGCCCGUCUCUCCUCCAAGCAUGGGACGGACUGGUAUAAGGAGCCCCGGUUCAGUAUCAACCCCAAGGGAGACUCGGCAACAACAGCAGAUGUGGUCCAAUCAGUCGGCCCAACAGGUUAACGGCAGCGGUAGUAGUGGUGGUGGAACCAUUGGAUGGGCCAACCCUGUAAAGAGAUUGAGGACAGAUGCAGGAAAGAGGAGGCCCAGCAUUAUGUGAUUAAACCAUUAUACUAAUGUAUGAUGGUGUUGAAAGAAAUUCCUUUGCCCUUAAUGUGUAAGCAGUUAUAGGGUAACUAGUAGAUCUGUACAAGUACAGUUAGAGACUUUUAUUCAUUUUUUUGUGGUCUUUCCUCCUUUUGCUUAGCUUAUUAUACUUGUACUUCCUUUUCGUGUUCGGGUUAUAUAUAAUGCGAGCAUCACUGCCACCUUUGUAUAUCUGGUGCUCUGCCCUGUGAAUGUUGUCUUCUCAUAGCACUAUAGUCUCUUAUCUCUGUUUAAGGUCAUUUGUUUAAAGUCAUUUGUUUAAAGUCAUUUGGUUCGA